UAAAUUGCCUCAAAACUCCUCCUGGCUGGCGCCCUUUUCCAUUAUCUGCAGGAGACAAGACACACGUGCUAUUUUUAGGACGUCGAAAGAGCAAACUUCUCAACCUGCUGGUCUCUAAAGCAAAGCAAACAUGAGCGACAAGGGGACAGUCUCACCGAAGGAGAAGGAGGCAACAGAGAAGAGGGGGCGUGGAAGACCCCGCAAGCAGCCCCAGGUAAAGACCUCUGACGAACCAAGUGGGUCCCCUACUCCAAAGAGGGCCAGAGGACGGCCGAAGGGCAGCAAAAACAAGACAAGCGCCAAGGCCAAGAAGGCAGCAGCAGCUCCGUCUGCAGGGGGAAAGCGCAGGGGAAGACCUAAGAAGGAGGAGAAGGAAGAAAAGGCGUCCCAGGAAUCAUCUGAGGAGGAGGAAGAGGAAGAGGACCAGUAAUUCACAACGCAUGCUACCUCACUCAACAUACUGACUUACUGUUAACCAGAACUGGGCUGUAUCUCCAACACCAGUGCCACCACAUGACCACUGUUCACGACAAAGCCCUCUUUUGCCAAAAAAGGAGGGUUAACACAGUACAAAUAUCAUGCAACAGCACUGGAUAGAACGAUGGACCUUGCUCAAGCAUAGAUCUAAGAAAUACAUGAAAGGUAACAGCCCUUUUCUCUACAUGUCAUGUUAUCACAAGUCUUUUAUACUGGACAAAAGCGUGCUCCGCGGAGCCUGGACGUUUCCGUUUCCCCCCCCUUAAGAUGGUUUGUAGGAAAUUUUCUCUGCUUAAUGUUACUUAUUUGUUGUACCCGCAUCUGAGAUGGUAGGGCAUAUAGAUUUUUCUCCAUGUUUUGUACUGGACAAAGGUGAAUUUUACCUAUACUUGCUGUUUUUUUUUGUGUGUUCGUGUGAAGUGGUUAACCUAUCCUUUGCGUCGUAUUAUAGAUGGAGUUGAGCUUCAGCGUUUAGGAUGAGAAUAGGUAACAGAUGGUAGAAGUGUUUGUUUUUUUUUCCUUCUCCCGUUUCUAAUCUGCUUAACUGAUUUCGCCCCCGUCUCACCAGUAGAGCAGAAGCAUUUACCACCUUCCCUUCCUUCCUGUAGGACAGUUUAGAUAUAGUUAUGCUUCUCAGACUUCCUUCGCGGUCCUCAGCGUGUAGUGGGGAGAUGUAAAAGUGUAUCGUUAGUAAUCGGUCUGAUCAGACUUACUGUUUUGUUCCUUCGGGUUACAUACCAUAUAAAAAAACAUGAGUGUGCUGCUUUUCAUGUCAUAAUAAAACUCAAAUCUUUUUUGGUAUAAUGUGUGUUUUUAAGGAUAGGGUUGGCAGAGUUCUAGGCUGAGAGCAUCAGUGUCGUUUCUUCAGGGAGCUUUUACAAAAUGCUGUUACAUUGGCGUCUUUGUCUUCACAUGGUCCUCGGUUUCCAAGCGCUCACCCAAUCACUCGCAAAGGCAAAUUGCAAUUGGUCAAACAAGGAGUUUGAUUGUAACAGAGGAUAGUCGGUGGCACUGCUAUCCAACAGGGCUGUACGUUCUUCAUUCCAUCUAGCUCUCACGGCUUCACCUAGCUUCUGUCAUCACUUAGUACAGUUAAUCUACUUUUCUUAGUCUUUCGAAGAUGUGUGUUGUAUGCUGUCUGCUACGAGGAUAAAAAAUGUUUGUGUAUUUCUAAGUGUCAGGGAACCCGCAGUCACAGUCCACUUAACUGGGUUUUUCCACACACCUAAGCUGCUACAACCUCAGUUACGAAACCCGGAAAACUGCAAACAGGCGAUACACGGCCUGGGAUUUCAUACCUCACUCAACAGCUUACUCUACCAUAUAAUUGCAUUUAACUGGUUCUGUUGUUUUAAAUGUAACCUCUGGCAUGAGUUGGAAAGAUGUCGUUAUUACAAAGUUCAUGUUUUUUUUUUUUUUUUGUUUUUUUUUUUAAACCUGACUGUAAUGAGGUAUCUAAGAAGCCAAGUUUGUGAUUGUGUGCGCACAUGCAGCACUUCUAGGCUCGUUCAUAACCGGAGCUUGCAGACAGGUUUGUUUUUUUUAAAAAAAAAAUGUGUGAAGCAAGUCAGGGAGACCUGUCAGCUUGACAACUGUGUUCGCUGACUGUGGUAGAUUAGCAGGUGUGUUUUUAUUCUUCUGGUGCACUGAAAUGUUGGUUCAGAUUUUCAUGGACAAAUGUUUGUGUGUUUGUGAUAGACUGGGCGCUCUUUCCACUUAACUGUUUCCGUCGGCCGCUGUGUGUUUACCGCACACACACACAGCCACCCUCGCCAUACUCAUAACGUCAAACAAUGGACAUUUCGUGUCUUCUGUUUUUCCACAUCCUCCAACUACUCUGGACAAUACCGGUGUCAUUUUACAUACCAACAUCUUGCAUCCGUUCAUUUAUAUACUGUAAACUCAAUAGGAUGGGAUCAUUCUUUUUAAUGUACACCGUAUAUAAAUGUACAAUGUCUAUAUUUCUAUGGUGCCCUACAACAAUUUGUAUCAGAAAUGGUCAAUAAAGAGAAUUUUCUUUGUCAA